UCAACCAACGUGGUUCAAGGGUCAAAAUGUUUAGAAAAGUGUUUGUUCUGACCUUAUUACUAGGAUUUGUAACAGCUGACGAGUUUGGGAUAAAAUACAUAAUGCGAGUGUAUGAAGACUGCCAAAAUUCGGACAUCAUCCCUUGCUUAAAACGAAAAGCUAUUUUGUUCUUUGAUAGAGCUGCAAAAAUGGAAUCCAUACCCUUAAUUGAUGGGGUAGAGGCUGUGAAGCUUUCAAAUGUGGACCCCAGCGAAAAUGAAAUUUUACCAAGGAGCUUAGGGAGCAAGGACGAAGCGUUGUCAGAAAUCCUUUGGAAUAGAAUUGCGGCCUUUGCCAAUUCAAGGACGAUACAACUGUCAUUACCAAAGGUCACGGGCGAAGAACUAAAUAAGGGUGUGGAAGAAGGUCGUGGUAAAAUGAAGAAAAUGAUGGGGAUGAUGAUGAUGGGAGCUGCAAUGAAGAUGGCUGCCAUGAUACCUGUCGCGAUUGCCGGUCUCUUCAUUUUGGCGGGAAAAGCGCUCAUUGUGUCAAAGAUCGCCUUACUUCUUGCUGGCAUCCUGGCACUGAAGAAGUUGAUAGCAGCUAAGAACAGUGGUGGAGCCAGUCAUGACAGUCACAGCAGCCAUGGCUGGUCCGCGGGAGGAGCGAGCGGGGGUUGGGAUAGACGGUCCUACAAUGACGCUUCUGAUUUAGUAUAUUCUGCAUAUAAAAAAGACUAAUAUUAUAUCGAUGUUAUUAUAAUUAAGUUUGUUAUGUCGCAAAACAGGCACGGUGGUAAAAAUUAACCUUAUUGUUAGAAGAUAAUCAUGAGCAGGAUUUUUUAUAGUAUACCUUGUCUUUGCGAUAUUUGGAAACUGGUUUUUAUAUAAAAAUUGGCUUUUAGGAUGAAGGUCUCUCAUGCUCAUAAUAGUCUUCAGUAUUCGUUCCGUUGCUGUUCAAAGCCAUGCUAUGCUCUCUGUAUAAACAUAUAUAGUAUCUCUUUAACAAGAAAAAGUUCAAUUUUAUUAUAAUUUUAUAAUUUAACUUUAAAAUAUAAAUGUAUUAUUUAUAAUAUUCGGUCUUGUAUGUUAAUAAUUCGAUAAACUGUUAAAUUGUUUACUGCGCCAUCUAGUGCAGCAUUUAUAAACCUACAGCAGUUUACUAGCAGUUAAAAUCAUAAAUAAAUUUUUUAGCUGUCUUCGUGAAAUCUUUGACACCACUUAGAUAAAGUAUUGCGAUUAAAGUGAGUGCCACUGUAUUAUUUAUAAUUUGUUAUAAAAUUUAAAACGUACAAACUAUGUCAAAGACAUUUUCUCCCUUCGACAAAAUUAGUACUUGUAAUAAUUAUAAUAAUAUACUCGUGCUGAAGACGUUUCAACAACUAUGUACCUUAAUGUGUAUUAACGAAUGCUUUAAUUUGAUGUAAAUAAUUUAUUAUAACUUAUAUUCUUAGAGCUUUACGUGUUAUUUAUCGUGUGUUAAUGAUUGUUCGUUGUAAUAAGGACAAUUAUAAAAGUAUUUUUUAUAAAAACUG